AUGGGGCUAGCAGGUGACUACAUGGACUACAGCGACCUCAUCCUCCAGGCCUCCAUGCUGGGGGGCCAGAGCGAGGAGAGCCCCAAGACACUGCCUACCCUGCUCAACGCCACCAACAGGACCGACCCCGGCCAGCCUGCCGACACCGAGCUCGAGGCGGAGCUCUUCCAAGGCUACCCACCCAGCCUUCUCAACCUAGCCACUCUCUUCUGCCUCCUCUUCAUGAUGGUAGGCAUCCCCGGAAACCUCAUCACCAUCAUAGCCCUCUUCAGGUGCAAAAAGGUAAGCUGA